AUUCAUUUUAUCCACACGGAUCAUUCGCACUGCUGUGGAUCACGAAACACAGCCAUCUUGAAGAACAUGCUAGGAUUGAGUUUGUUGGUAAAUAUAAAUAACGUUAACUUAUUAGUAAUAUCAGGGUUGGUUUAAAAGAUUUCUAAAGUAAUUAUUUAAAAUAUGUACAUAACUUUCUCAGUGAUUAACAUCCGAAUGUAGGCCUACUUUACUACUUAACUUAAAACUUAAAUUUAAUUUUCUUAUCUAAUUAAAAAUUAAAAUGUUAUAUAAAAUUUAAAAUAGGCCUAAUUCUACUACACUGUUAUACUUAACUUAUAUACUAUACUAUCAUAGUAUGUUUGUAAACCUAAUUCUUCAGUUUAAUUUAAACAAACUACCACAAAUAACAUCCGAAUUGAAUAGCAUUUAGUUCAUUUAGUCUAGGCCUAAUGAUAAUGGGACCUGGGGCCGAAUAGCGGCGAUGCGUGUCCGGGUCCAUUUUGACAAAUGUUCUUUUGAACAAAAACGUUUAAUUCAACGUGAAAAUUAUUGCACAUUGUGCAUUAUUUACAUUAAAACACUUCACACUUCCAAUAAAACAAAUGUUCUUUUGCAUUAAAACAUUUUUGCUUCUUUUAAUAUUUUAAAGUCCUCCGCUACUGUAGUGUCCAAAUUUGAACAGUAUAAUAGUAUAUCCUCUAGAAUGGGGUCAAUGGGGUUUAAUACAUUCAAACCAUUUGCUUUAACACGUCAACGCAAAAUGAAACCACACAUAAGAAUCGAGCAUAUGUCUGUGUGUGCCAUUGUUUCUCACUUUUUCCAAUUUCCAUGUAUGUUCGAUGCAUUGAGUAUUGGCAUUCUGUUAACUUUGUGGUUGUUAGCACAUCGUCUGACAUCAUGUAGGCCUAUAAUACCGUGUUGCUGUAGAAACAAGAUACAACUAAUGCAAAAAUUGUCAAAGAAUUCAUGGUAUCUACGAAGCAGUUGUAUUUAUUAAACGGGAUAUAACUGCAUAGACAUAGAAUAGCAGUAAUGAUAAUUUUUGUAGUGUAUUAGUAUUAAAAUUGAAGUACCCUCACUGUAAAUGUACGAGUAUGAUGCAGAAUUCUGUCAGUAUGACUAUGAGAAGGUUGGGAUUCCAUUUCUAUUGCCAACUGGUCUAAGAGAUUCUGCUUACCGUGAUAUAAAUAUAAACUUUCUCAUUCAGUCAUCCAUGCUGUUUGGCCUCUCAUCUACAUUGCAUGUGAUAUUAUCUCUUACACCUAUUCCUAGUGACAAGGCAAGCAUUUUUUAUGUCAAAAAGAUGAAAAAUGAAAUAGUAGCCUAAACAUAUCAUUUAAAUUAAAAUUAAAUCACUACUGACUACAUUUAAGACUAUAAUGUAGCUGGCUAUUGGAAUAACCAGAAGGAUUCUUAUUUAGAAAAUAAGAUGGCAUAAAUUGUUUGGUUUUUUGUUUUUGUUUUGUUUUUUUUAAAUUGUAUAACUUAAUCCAACACCCUGACAGUACUGAUUUAUUGAUGAUAGAAAUUAUUUACUAACAAAUACAGAUUGCCAAUUUAAAAUAUGUAAUAAUAUUGUAUGCUAAAUGCUGACAUCUCUCUCAGUUUUAUUUAAAAUAAAAAUUUGUAAAAUGAUUUAAGCAUUAAAACAUGCUUAUUUAUUCUUCACAUUGAAAUGUGAAAAACGGCAUCAUUUUCUCAAUUUAAGUCAAUGAUUUGGCUGUUUAAGUGCAUAAUGCUACAAUGUCAUCUUGAUGUUGAGUGCUGCUAUUUCAUUUUGAUGUCUAGUUCUGCUUUGUCAUAUUGAUGUUCAAUGCUGCUGUGUCAUCUUGAUGUUUUCACCUAUAAUCUUUAUCUCAAUAACUUCAUCUAUCUCUAGGCAUGGAAAUAGUGAAAACAAGGCAAAGAAAAUGAAUGUCAGUAUUUUAAAAAACUUCAGAAGUAUUGUACAUUCCAUGGAAUUGGACAGGAUCUGACAAUCAAAAAAUAUAAAAUAACAAGUGAGUACAUUAAAUUAUUUCACCCUUCAAAACCUGAGUGAGAAUAUCACAUUAUUUCCAUUGCAAUGGCAAUACUCAUCAUUCAUGUUGUCUUCUUAAAUUUACACUAACUUUUCUAACAGUUCUUACACGAAUAACCAUUAAAUACACAUACACAAAAAUUUAUAGGCCUACAUUAUCAUUCUGUUUUUUUUUUGUUUUUUUUUAAACCAAAUACACAACUCAUUGUUUGAAUUAUGUAGGGCAAUAAAAUGAUUGACUUAAGUAAUUUAGGAGUAGACAUAAUACAUGUAGCCCAUUUGAAAGAAUGAUUACAACUGAUGUAGUCUUAAGUGCUAUAAAUAAUUACACAAGUGAAUGAAUGGUUACAAGUGAUGUAAUCUUAAGUGCUAUAAAAAUGUACACAAUAAUAAUUGUAAAGCGCUUAGAGCUGUAAGGUAAGCGCUAUAAAAAAAUGCCUAAGUAAAUAAAUAAAAUGAAUGGUUACAACCGAUGUAAUCUUAAGUGCUAUAAAAAUUUACACAAGAGAAUGAAUGCUUAAAACUGAUGUAAUCUUAACUACUAUAAAAAUUUACUCAAGAGAAGGAAUACUUAAAACUGAUGUAAACUUAAAUGCUCAUAGUAAUUACACAAUUGAAUAAAUGCUUACUAUUGAUGAAAUAAAAAGCUAUAUAGUUGUUGUUUUUUAAAAUAUAUUGCAGCUCUAUCCAAAAGGGGGGGUCGAGGGUAAGGGGUGAUAUUUUAAUUGUAUGUAUAGUAUAGUAGUUACUAUCCUAGUGUCUCUGGUUUUUCAUUUUUAUUUUACUUAGUUCACAUGUUUUAAAUAAUUGUAAAGCGCUUAGAGCUUUAAGGUAAGCGCUAUAUAAAAAUGCCUAAAUAAAUAAAUAUAUUUUUUAAAUACUCUGUACAGUGCAAUUUGUGUAAUAUUUAUGUUUAGGCAAAUUAUAGUAUGCCUAUUACAUUUUAAUAAAAAUGAAGGUGGGGGAAGACGAAAAUGCUGCCCGUCAUUAAGUUUGAGGACCACUGUCCUAGGCCAUGAAGAAUGUUAACAGCAUCUUAGAAUUUCCAUGAAAAUCAAAAUAAUCAAAAUAUUAGUUAUGCUGAUUUCAGUAUUAAUCAAAUUCACAAGUUUACAUAGCCGCAAAAUAAAAUGUUGAAUACAAUUAUAAAAUUGCCCCUAACUCUAAAUAAUCUUCCAAUUUUGGUUUUAAGUCUUGGAAAAUCACAAAAUUUGAUUUUUAUUUUUAAACACAAAAUUCUCUACAUAUAUUGCCUGGGUUUGCUAGUUUGACACAAUCAUCUGUGGCAAAAGUCAGAGAUUUUCAAACAUUAAAAUUAAAAUAAAUUUAAUACAUAUUCAAACAGGUCAAUAAAAUAUUGAACGCACCCGUAUGUUAAAAAACAUGAGAACUUUGAUGGAGCAGCAUGGCUCGAGGAAGUUAUGUUUACUUAAUCAGAUGGGCCCAUUGUGUACCACUCUGUAGGUGUGUCAGCUGCAGUCUUUAGGUGUGUCAUCUACAGUCUUUAGGUGUGUCAUCUACAGGUGCGUCAGCUGCAGUGUGUAGGCGUGUACGGUGUGUCAGAUGCAGUGUGUAGGUGUGUCAGCUGCAGUCUGUAGGAGUGUCAGCUGCAGUAUGCGUCCGUGUAGCAAAAACCAUAACAGAAAACCUGUGAAUCCAUAUAAUAUAAGAAAUUUCUGCUCUUUAAUUCAAGACAAAAUGCUUGCAUAUUCUAGUUAACGUAAGCAUAAACGAAAACAAUGCACGUGUCCAUAUCUCUUACGAUUGUGUAAAUAUACCCAGCGGUUCGCCAGCGAAGACAGUGCUGACGAGAGGGUUGUAUUGUUUAACCCUCACGCAUUUUUUGUCUCUCAUUCAUCUGAUGAUUAAAAAAAAAAAUAUGUCUAAAACACAUAUCACCCGCAUGCCCAGUUUCAAGUUUGGAAAGCUGUGAUGCCGGUAAUGUAUCGUGCCUGGGCCUGGGCGGCUGUUAAUGUUUGUCUGAAAGCCCGAUUCCAUCUUUAGCAUCGCUGGUGCCCCAUCUGUUGUUGUUGGGUUUUUAAAAUAAUAGGUACGGGUUUUCCCCGUAUUAAUAUAACCUGCUGUGGUAGAUUUUACCUAACCUGCUGUUGUUGGAUUAACUUAAUAACUCAACUUGCAUUGUUAGAUUAACUUAACCUGCUGUGGUAGAGUAAAUUAACCUGCUUGGCAAAUUAACUUAAUAACUUAACCUUUUAUCUUAUAUUAACUUAAUAACUUAACUUGCUUUGUUAGAUUAACUUAACAUGCUCUGGUGGAUUCAGCUAAUCUAAUCUGCUAUGGCAAAUAAACGUAAUACCUUAACCUGUUAUGGUAGAUUAACCUGACCUGUUGUGUUAGAUUAACUUAGCCUGCUUCGGUAUAUCACCGUGUAAAGCAGUGGCUCUCAACCUUUCUAGUGCUGCGACCCUUUAAUACAUUUCCUCAUGUUGUGGCGACCCCCAACCACAAAAUUAUUGUCGUCGCUACUCUGCAAAGUAUACUUGUUUUCCGAUGGUCUUCGGCGACCCCUGGGAAAGGGUCAUUCGACUUUGGGUCGCGACCCACAAGUUGAGAACGCUGGUGUAAAGGGAACAGUAGAGAACUUGUAAUCUCAAGCAAAUUGUGUUCGGACUCGGGUGUGUGUCACAAUAACUUGGUGGCUUCCGAGGUGCAUUGACUGCACCACCUUAAUCGUGAGCACUUCUCCAGCACUUCUAAUGGUGUUUUGUUCUGCAUGCAUUUGCCAAUGUGACUUUAUUUAAAUCUUGCUCAACUUCUCUGCUGUGUUGCUCAUAUUGUCCUGUAGGCCCACGUCUCUGCUUUAUUGCUCAUAUUGUCCUGUAGGAUCAACUCUAUGCUGUGUUGCUAAUAUUUUCCUGUAGGCCCAAGUCUAUACUUUAUUGCUCAUAUUGUCCUGUAGGAACAAGUCUAUGCUGUGUUGCUCAUGUUGUCCUGUAGGAACAAGUCUAUGCUUCGUUGCUCACGUUGUCCUGUAGGACCAACUCUCUGCUUGUUGCUCAAAUUGUUAUGUUGGACCAAAUCUCUGCUGCCUGACCAACACACAAAUGCAAAAAAUACCAAGAUCAGUUGGUUUUCUUCGAUGCCGUUGGCCACCAUAAAAUCACCAAGAACGUUGAUGCGGCUAUGACAGGUAACACUAGCAGUAGCACUUCUCGUUGUAGUUAGUGAUACCUUUUCACAGUUUCGACAGUAAAGGUUUCUUGUGCAGCCUGAUAUUGAGGGAAACUAAACUAAUCAAAAACUACAUCAAUGCCCAGCGAAUGGUGUAACCUGAUACUUACUAAAAGAAACACAAUUUAUUUACAGUGUAUCCUGUGAAUAGCGAACGUUGAUUGAGCGAUGUUCCUAGAAAAUGCACGGAUCUAUUUUUUAACAAACAAUAAAAAAAAAAAAUUAAAAAAAAAACACACACACACAAAAUCGAAUUAGGGCCAAUAUUUUCAACUGCAAAUUGUGCAAGAGUAUCUAAGGGACAAAUUCAUGUAUUUCCCUGCGAACAACAUGCACCAUUCCGGCGCUGACUUACGUCAAGUGUUGACUGAAAUGAGAUGUAGCUAUUUUGUUAAGCUCAUCAGUCCGCUACCGCAAGGCGGGUUUCUUUUUUUCCACACGACACCCACAUUUUGGUCACAUUUCGUUCUGAACGCAUUAUUUUGUUUUACUAUAUUGUGCAUUGAAAAAGAAAUGUGGCGAACAUUGGAUCGCGUGACCCUGACCCUGGGAAUCGGUGCGUAAGUUUUGCCGACGGUUAAGGAAAGCAAGGCGAUCAAAAUGGCGGCUAUGCUGACUGUGCUGACGUAGAUGUACUUUAGGUACUGGUGGUCACGAAAGACUGGUCAAGUGAUGGACGUGUACGUGUGGAAAUAAAUGAACCGCAUACAGAAGGAUAGAGCACGAUUUUUUUUAAAAAUAAAACGUGUUUUGUAAUUGCUCUGUGGUUGUUAUUUAAUACAUGUAAUAUGUGAAUGCAUCCACUUUUUGUGACGUUUCUUCAAAUUUUCGAUGAGCAUUUGUCUUAUUCUUUCAAAUUAUUGUGCAUGAGCAUCAUCCUGGCUGAACAUGGGAAUAGCACCAUCUUUGGCAAUGGCACCACUUUUGGUUUGGUCCCGAGGAUUUCAGCCGCACAGCUUUCUCUGUGCAUCAAGGGGCAACUAACGUUGAAGCCACUUUUCUGCUAAACGCAACUAAAUCAUGCUAGAGUAUCUCUUCCAAACUCGUUUCCCGAAGUGUCUUGAAGUGUCCGCUCACCGAUUUAGUUCAACAUCGGCAGGGGCUCCGUUACUUGGAAGUGGGAGAAGCAAACAUGAAACAUGGCCCUACAUUCAGACCAGCGGCGAUGUGUAUUGUUAAUAGCAAGAGCUUAAUUAAGGUGUUAAUAUGUUAUGACUGCAUAACAUUUGUAUUAAAUGCAUGCAUGGUGUUACGCACUGCCUUCUAUAAAGAGAAAUUAUUAUCUUAGUUUAAGUUAUUGGCUCGUUCAAAACAGUGCCUAUCAAAGGACGAUACCAUAGAGAAAUACAAUUGCAAAAAUACGCCACUCAAAACGGUACUAAUUACAAUUAAUGAGAUUUAUUUUAGUAUUGAUAUAAUUACAAAACAAAAGAAAUAUAAUUACAAACAUCAACUUACAGGGUAUGAGAAGUCUUGUACCGGUACACAGUUAGUACAAAUGUGCCAAAAAUAAGGUACAGUGAUGAAUGCGAAUAAACAUAUAUGAGUACACACAGAAUAAUGUACUUGUCUCGUGAAGUGAACAAAAUAUCUAUCUGAAUCUGCGUCCCUCAAUGUUCUCUGAACCCCUUAAAUAUAUGCAUCGUAAGACGCUUUCCAGAAACAACUUAGACAUUUUCUACUUUUCUUGUCCACUCGCGAACUUUCCCAAAUAUUCUAUUAGAACAUAUUACUUAUUUUUAGUCGGUAAGGGAAGUACACAAGGUCAAGUUCAAAGAAAAUAGGCCACGCCCAAUCCGAACGCAGUUGAACUUGGGGUCAAACAGAGUUCACGGCACGGAGAAAGUGUGACGUAAACACGUCCUACAUAACAAUGGUUUUAUCUGCUUUGGGCUCCGUUUGAGUCUAAAAUAUCAAUAACACUGUUAACUGUCCAAUUGACAUUUUAUCUCAAUUACUUAUUGAAAUAGUUGGUUUUUUUUUGUUUUUUGUUUUUUAAUUAUGAUGCAUUUUUAAAUUCUAAGAAUGUAUUUUUUUUUUACAGGAUCAUCUCUUGAAAAGUGGAAGUAAGUUAAGUGGAAGAAACUCUCAAGCAGCUUAUAUAUUAGAGGUUUAAAAAAAAUAAAAACCAGCACUCGCCGCCAUCUUGUCAUAACAGCAUGGCCUCGAGGAUACGACGCCGAUCGGAGAGCCAGCUGUCACCGGAGGAAGAGAGCCUCCUCCAGACCAUAAUCUCACAGGAUGGCGAGUCCCUCUGGAGCCUCAUGCAGCGUCAUCGUCUGGCAUUGGUUGCAGUUCUCCAAAUGGAGGACGGCUACCAUGAACGGUUUGUUCUGUACGUCGCCGGUCAGCUGGAGCGCGACGGGAAAUCGGUGACGUCAGCCAACCUGUACGCAGAGGUGGAGCGCCGCGCGGCACUCUUCACGGACAGCUUCAUGAAAAAACUUAACGCCCAGACCUUCUCGAAAACUUUUUCCGACCUCACGGAAAGGAAGACCCCUGCCCCGCAGGUGAAUAGCUCCGCCACGUCUUUCAGGAGCGCCAGUCGUUUACCGGUAGCUGAUAUCGCUACGCCUGGUUCAGCAACAGGCGAGAGUGCGGCCACAGCAACGCCAGGACAAAACCAACGGAAUAGUGUGACACAGCCUUUGAACAGUCCCCAGUACAUUCUCACAGAAAGCAACAGAAUUCGUGAGGGGGCCAGCAGCCUCGUGACCGCAGAUUGCGCUGCCGGCGGUGCCACCGCUGUUAAAGGCACCCCAAGUCCAACAGACAGGGUGAAGAGAAACAACCCACAGCGGGAGAAUUCGUCACUGAGCUCCGGGUGUGGAGUGGAUGCGGUGGAUGGGGCGGUCCUCUAUGAGGACGAGGUGGAUAACGCAGCACCGAAACGUGGAUUCACAACGAGCAGGCCACAACCACCCAAAACUGGUGCCGAUGUGACUUAUAACACGGGCACAUUCGUCAGGGACUCUUCGAUGGCGAAACCCAGGGAGAGCGAGGAGCUCCAGGACGAGAGGAAGAAAACCGAGCACAUCAGGGAAUGUCUGUACGCCGUGACCGGGGAAAACAAGAUCCUGGAGAGCUACCGGCUGUGCACCGUCUGCAGGAAGAGUCCGCGGAACAUCACGUUCUUACCGUGCGGCCACUUCACCACCUGCCGAGAAUGCGCAGGGCCGAUAUACGUGUGUGGGUUGUGCAGUAAGAACGUGUUGGCUACAGUGGAUACCUUCCUUAGUUAGAUGAGGACGUUUUGACGUGUGGGGAAAAAAAAAAAAGCUGACGUGUGAAUGAAAAAAAAAGCUGACGUGUGAAUGAAAAAAAAGCUGGCUACGUUUAGAAAAAAAGCUAUGUAAUAAUGACAACUAUAAUAGAAGAAUAAUGUAAUAGCAUAGGUCAAAUCCCUGUAAUGGACUAUUUUUAAGAUAAAUUAAUAUAUAUGUAUAGUACACUUCCUUUUAAUAAACUAAUCCUCAUCUCUGUAAUAGAUUUAUUAUCUUCUCGAUGCUGGACUAGUCCACUUCUCUGUUAUAGACUGGUCCAUUUCUCUGUACCACUAAUCCAGUGGUUCUCAACCUUCCUAAUGCCGCGACCCUAUAAUAAGUUCCUCAUGUUAUGGUGACCCCCCCCCCCCCAAACCACAAAAUUAUUUUGGUUGCCACCUUAUAACUGUAAAGUAUAUGUGUUUCCAUGGUGGCCCCCCCCCCCCCAAACCACAAAAUUAUUUUGGUUGACACCUUAUAACUGUAAAGUAUAUGUGUUUCCGCUGGUCUAAGGCGACCCCUGGGAGAGGGUCGCUCGACCCGAAAAGGGGUCGUGACCCACAGGUUAAGAACCGCUGCACUAAUCUACUGCUCUUCAUUUGACUAACCCACUCCUCUGUACUAGAUUAAUCCACUUCUCUUGAAACGGACCGAUUCACUUCCCCGUAAUGGACAUAUCCACUUGUUUGUAAUGAAUAGAUCCACUUCUUUGUAGGUAGUGGACAGAUCCACAUUUCGCUAGCGGUAGAGCCCGCUUCUCUGUAAUGGAUUCAUCAACCUCUGUGUAAGGACUUUAUCUUGUAAUGAAUAAAUACAGGGGCUAAACCUAUCAUGGAAAAGCCCAACUAUGUGAUCCGCCUCCUUUUAAUGGGCCAAGGAUGUAGUAAUUGGAUAAUACCUAGAGUCGACACUGUGCUAAAGGCAUUAGUGAUUCGUUUCUAUUUCCAUAUUAUUCUGGAAGCAGCAGUGUACGGUAACCGUCGAUAAGAAACUCUAAAUGUUACUAUAAUGUGAGCUGGGCAUCAAAUGAUGUUAUUUAUAUUGCAUUGAAUAUUAUUGUUCCUAUGUUACGGGUAUACUGCUCCACGUCUUAGACACGGUGUUCCCGACCUUUACUGAGUUGUGCCCCAUUCCUCGCACCAAAGUGACUUGUGGCCCCAUUUUAAAAAAAAAAAAAAAAAAAAUUUAAUAAGGCCAAAGAAAAAACACCAACAAAUUAAUUUUUAUUUUUUUUUUUUUUUUUUUUAUAAUUCACCUUAGUUUGAACUCAUUUUAUACCGUGAUUUAUGCUAUGGCUGAAAUUGUAUCUCGUUAACAAGUGGUUAACGGUAACAUUGUGUUUUCCCCCAACACUUACUUUUGUUUCUUGCUUUUAUCUUCAAAUGAGAAAGCCUUGAAGAAAAGAAAAACAUCAAGCCUCAGUUCCAUUAUGGGAUUCAAUCGGGAGUAUUUGAAAAGUAAUCAAUGAAAUUGAAGACAUGGAAUGAAUGAGAAACUUUUUUUUUUUUUUUAAGUUUUAAAUGACAC